CAAGUUUCAGUUUGUUUUCACCACCGCUGCAUUCAGAACGAGUACGAGAGCCAAGCUCGUUUUCCCCGUCGAGGCGCGUCGUGCCACAGCCGAGAUCCUCGUCCUCGGCUUCAAGCGGAACUACGGUAUCAACUGCAAGUAUGUCUGGGUCUGGAUGAAUGUAUAGAUUUCACAUGCAUAUUUCCAUUGACCCAUGAAAUGAUGCCUGUAAUGCAUGACCUAUGCAUGACCUAGCGUCACAGAUUUUUACAGGGCUUAUUGAUGCACCUUCCGCAUGAGAAAUAAUUCUUUGUCCUUUUAGCACAAACAGUACACCUCCUGCUUGUCAUGCAAUACAAAUUUUUUUGGAGUUCAAAAACAGCAUGACAAGUCGCAAUCCUCCAGACCAAGACACUUUUGCGGUUGAUAUACGGGUUUAGUCGGCAACUUUACCACGCCUGCUCCCAGCUCCAGCGCGAUCGCAAAUACCAGGAUGUUAAAGCAGUCGAUCGAACAAACAAGUACAAACCCGACGGUGGACAAGCAAGGCGGAGAGAAAAAGACCGCAAAUGUUGAGUCGUCCGAUAGUCUUCUUAUCAACAACAAAAGUGCUGUUGCUCUCGGCGGGAAGAAGAAGCUUCCCACCACCACGACCGGUAGAACUAGUACCAUUUCCACGACACAGAACCUUGAUCCAGCU